CGGUGAUUCCCGAGCCGCGGCGGCAGCUCGGGCGGGCGGUGCGGGGAAACCGAAAGUGGGCGGCGGCCGCGGCUGUGGCCCGGACGGAGACGGCGGCGGGCGCGGGGUCCGGAGGCGCGGGGACCGGCCGUGGGCCCCCGGAACCAGAUCUACCUCACCUCAGUGUGGGUCAUUACUAUGCACCAAGCUUUUAAAAUAGGAAUUUGGAAAUUCCCUCAUCAUCCAAACCAACUAAUGAAUUUCUGUUGACUUCACCUCGUAAACCUCUCAAAUUGACAUUUUGCUGAUUCCCAAAGCCCUGUUUUCAGGUGAAGAUGCUGGAAGCAGAUCUGGUUUCAAAAAUGCUACGAGCUGUUCUACAGUCUCAUAAGAAUGGAAUAGCAUUGCCUCGGCUACAAGGAGAGUACAAAUCCUUGACUGGAGACUGGAUCCCCUUCAAGCAGUUAGGUUACCCGUCACUAGAAGCCUAUCUGAGAAGUGUGCCGGCUGUGGUCAGGAUAGAGACCAGUAGAUCUGGUGAGACUACCUGUUAUGCUGUGGCCUGCACAGAAACUGCAAGAAUUGCUCAGCUUGUGGCUCGUCAGAGGAGCUCUAAAAGAAAGACUGGGCGGCAAGUUAAUUGUCAGAUGAGAGUAAAGAAAACCAUGCCGUUUUUUCUAGAAGGAAAACCAAAAGCAACUCUCAGACAACCAGGAUUUUCUUCAGAUUUUUCCAUCAGCAGAAAGCCUAAUGCAGCUCUGUCAAGAGACAGAGGAAACUAUCUUGGAGUCAAGUCUAAUGCUGAAUUACCACCUUACACAGAACACACACAUGUUGGAAGUGAAGUAUUCCGAAGUGUUCCCAUGGAGAGGCAUGUGACCAUGUCUACCAACAACAGGUAUAGCCCAAAAGCAUCCCUUCCACCACCUUUACAGAUACAUCUCUCAAGAACCUGCACUAAGGAAAUGAGUGAUAAUUUAAAUCAGACUGUUGAAAAACCAAAUAUCACACUUCCUGCCUCUUACACUUAUAAAAUGGAUGAGGUUCAAAACCGCAUAAAGGAAAUGCUAGACAAGCAUAACAAUGGCAUUUGGAUGUCUAAGCUUCCACAUUUUUACAAAGAGUUAUAUAAAGAAGAACUUAAUCAAGGAAUUUUACAACAAUGUGAGCACUGGCCUCAUAUUUGCACGGUGGAAAAACCUUACAGUGGUGGUCAAGACUUGCUUCUUUAUCCAGCUAAGAGAAAGCAGCUUUUGAGAAGUGAUCUGGACUCUGAAAAAGUGCCUCCAUCUUCACUACCUGAUCCAAAACAAGUAUCACCACUAAAAGGGUGUCCCACAGUCAUGCCAGGAGACUUUAAAAAGAAAGUCGCAGAGCUGUUGGUGAAAUACUCAAAUGGUCUUUGGGCCAGUGCACUUCCAAAAGCAUUUGAGGACACCUACAAAGCAAAAUUCCCCGAGGGUGCCUUAAAAAAUCUUGCCUUGCUUUCUGAUGUUUGCACCAUAGACUAUAUUUCUGGAAAUCGCAAGAAGGCCAUUCUCUAUGCCAAACUUCCACUGCCCGCUGACAAAACCCUGAAGGAUGCAGGGCACGCACACGGUGAUUAUGCUUUCAAGUCCAUGAUUGAACAAGAAUAUUUGCAGAUAGAAAAGAAUGCUGUCGAAAGUGCCGAUACCAUUUUGGAGAAUAUAACGGUUCCUCCAUUGGUCAUUCCAACGGAGGCAUCCCCGUCGGUAUUGGUGGUUGAACUGAGCAACACAAAUGAAGUGGUUAUAAGGUAUGUGGGCAAAGACUAUUCUGCUGCUCAGGAAUUAAUGGAAGAUGAGAUGAAGGAGUAUUACAGUAAGACCCCGAGGAUCACACCGGUCCAGACUGUGCAUGUUGGGCAGUUGCUGGCUGUCCAUGCCGAGGAGGACGCUUGGUUACGGGCCCAGAUCACCUCGACAGAAGGGAACAGAAUCAAGGUAUGCUAUGUUGACUAUGGAUUUAGUGAAAAUGUUGAAAAGAGCAAAGCAUACAAAUUGAACCCAAAGUUCUGUUCCCUCUCAUUCCAAGCUACAAAGUGUAAGCUAGCAGGGUUGGAAGCUCUCAGUGAUGAUCCUGGUUUAGUGAAGGUGGUUGAAUCUUUAACUUGUGGAAAGAUCUUUGCAGUGGAAAUUCUUGAAAAAGCUGAUAUUCCGCUUGUUAUUCUGUACGACACCUCAGGAGAAGAUGAUAUCAAUAUCAAUGCCACCUGCUUAAAGGCAAUAUGUGACAAGUCACUCGAGGUUCACCUUCAGGUUGAUGCCAUGUACACAAAUGUCAGAGUGACUAAUAUUUGCUCUGAUGGCACACUCUACUGCCAGGUGCCUUGUAAGGGGCUGAACAAGCUCAAUGACCUUCUGCAUAAGAUAGAGGAUUACUUCCAUUGUAAGCACAUGACCUCAGAGUACUUCGUUUCCUUACCCUUCUGUGGGAAGAUCUGCCUCUUCCAUUGCAAAGGAAAAUGGUUGCGAGUAGAGAUCAUGAACGUUCACAGCAGCCGGACUCUUGAUGUUCAGUUUCUGGACUCCGGCACCGUGACAUCCGUAAAAGUGUCUGAGCUCAGGGAAAUUCCCUCUCGGUUUCUACGAGAAAUGGUUUCAAUACCGUCUCAGGCCAUCAGGUGCUGUUUAGCGGAUGUUCCGCAAUCGAUUGGCAUGUGGACGCCAGAUGCUGUGCUUUGGUUAAGAGAUUCUGUUUUGAAUUGCUCGGACUGUAGCAUUAAGGUGACAAAAGUGGAUGAAGCCAGAGGGGUCACACACAUUUAUUUAUUUACUCCCAAGAACUUCCCUGAUCCUCACCGCAGCAUUAACCGCCAGAUUACAAACGCAGACUUGUGGAAGCAUCAGAAGGACGUGUUUCUGAGUGCCCUCGCCGGUGACGCUGGCUCUCCCGGCAGCAGAGACGGGCACACGGCUGCUGCCGCGGGCACCGCCGCGGGCACCGCCGGGGAGAGUGUCAGAAAGAGCCUCGCGGAUGUCAGCAAGAAGCUCCUGGUGGAUCACGCCCUCUCCUUCUCCACGGAGGAGCUGCCGCCUCCGGUGCCCUUGGCGCAGCCAGGGGAGCACAUGGAUGUGUACGUGCCCGUGGCCUGCCACCCGGGCUACUUCGUCAUCCAGCCGUGGCAGGAGAUCCAUAAGCUGGAGGUUCUGAUGGAGGAGAUGAUCCUGUACUACAGCGUGUCUGAGGAGCGCCACGUGGCCGUGGAAAAGGACCAAGUGUAUGCCGCAAAAGUGGAAAAUAAGUGGCACAGGGUGCUUUUAAAGGGGAUCCUGACCAAUGGACUGGUAUCCGUGUAUGAGCUGGACUAUGGCAAGCACGAGCUAGUCAACAUAAGGAAAGUACAGCCCCUCGUGGACAUAUUCCGAAAGCUGCCGUUCCAGGCAGUCACGGCUCAACUAGCAGGAGUGAAGUGCAGCCAGUGGUCUGAGGAGGCUUCCAUGGUGUUCCGGAAUCAUGUGGAGAAGAAACCUCUGGUGGCAUUGGUGCAGACGGUGAUAGAAAGUGCUAACCCUUGGGACCAGAAAGUGGUGUUGUAUUUAGUGGACACAUCCCUGCCAGACACGGAUAUCUGGAUUCAUGAUUAUAUGUCAGAAUAUUUGGUAGAGCUUUCGAAAAUUAAUUAAUGGCUGCUCUGAGACCUCCGCAACUAAUCCAGAUGUUCUAGCAAUAACAAAAUGUAGUAGGCUUAAAAAAAUCUUAUCUCUGCUACAUGGCUGACGGCUGUGGGGAUUGAAAAGAAUAUGUUAUGUUUGAUGAAAACUAUUUAAUAAGUAGUAUUUAACAGUUGAAUUUUCGAAGAAAAUUGCGCUUGAAUUAUUACUAUAAUAUUAGAUUAAAAUGUUUAUCCAUAUAAGAACUGACUACCUCCUAAUUUCUAGGCUUUAUGAUCUUAAGAUGAAGAGUUUCCCUUUCUAUUCAUGUUGUCUUCCUUGCAGUGCUGGCUUCUUCUCCAGUUAGACUGAGAAUUUCGGGACUUAACUCUACCGUGGUGUCCCCAAAUCACCAGACCCUGUGCAGACUAUCCCAAGUCUUAGCACACCAGCAUUGCUAGUGGUGCUGCAGGAGGGGCAGCCUGGCACACCAGUGUGGCCCUCCCCCCAGUCUUACGUGGCUUCUCAUUGCCCAGACUGAAGACCCAGGCCUUCUACCAUCUCCCUACCCAACCUCACUGUCCACCAUUCCCCGUGCCAGGCACACGGGACCUUUAUGUGGUCCCUGAGCCCCACGCAUGUCCAUUCAGGGUUACUGGCAUUCUCAAGCAGUGACGUGCUGGUAAAUGUUUGAUCACUAGUUCUAGAGGGUGUGGUCUGUGAACCUUGAUCUGCAAAGUGUGAUGAUUCCUAUGUUGUAAGUACUCCCUCCAUUGUUCCAUUCCAGCUAACCGUGUGACGUCACUGAAUGUGACGUCACUGUGAGUGUGGAGCUGGUGGGAGAUGCGCACCGCUGUCUGUGUCCUCCACAGCGCACACAGUUCUGUCUCGCCCGCAUCAGGCACAUAAUGAAUGUGCUUGCUAAGGAGUGGGCAGGAUGCAUCAACAGAGGGACCGGUUGGAGGCCUUGGCAAUGGCCUAAAGAUGAGGGGGGAGGCCCUGGCUAACAUGGAGCAAUGGGACUAAAGAAAAAUAUUAAAGGUUUUUUGAAGUUCUUGGUUAGAAUGACUAGUACUGACAUCUUGGAUAUAGAAGCUAAGGAAAAAGAGGCAUCAAAGAGUGAUGCCAGG